GUUGCUUGCAGCCGAUCAAUCGGCUCAAACUUGGGCAAUUCCAAGGCAACCCGUCCCGAAGCCAACGGACGACGACGGGCUCAACCCAAGCAUUGCAGACCAUGCCUCCCGUUUUGCUCUCUAGAGGUCUUGAUCCGUUGCUUGGUGUCUUCACAGGCGUCCUCGCUUAUUACCUGUACGAGACCCACCCCAGAAACAACAUGGCGUCUGACGAAAGGCUCAUGGUGCUUCUUGAACAAAAAUACGCAAGAUACCGAGGGGAACGGCGAAAGAAAUUGCAGUCUAUGGAGGAUAUGGUUUGGUCCGAAGCUUCUUCCUCCAACUCAAAGUCAUAGUCUACGAGCUAUUAGCCAGUCCUUUCGAUAUGGCUUGCUAGCGCUACGUCAGCUACGCGACAUUCUUUGGACUUGAUAUGAGGGUGACUAUGUGCUGAGCAACAACUCUUGAAGCAUCGACAUAACUCCCUCAAAGACCGCCCUCUCUCUUUUAUCCGCGUCUGCAUCACUAUCUCGUCCGCACAGAGCCACACCAACCACGAUACUUCGGCGAGAGGGCUCGAGGGCGGUUUGUGACUCGUGAGUCCAGAUAAUGGUGGCGAUCUGUGCAGCAUAUAAAGAGUGCAACGUUUGCAUAUGCUCUGAUGAAGAACCUCCAAGUAAAUAGGUCAGCUGGAUGGCCGCGGGUGGGGGCGGGA